CUCCGCAUGCGUUCUGCCCCUCCCGUUGAAGCUUCAAGCUCUCCAGCUCUCAAUUCCCAUCGGUCGACUCGAUAGGAUACGAUACUCAUGGAGCCCCCAUCUCAAAACAGUUUCCGCUCUCGCCGCUCCUAUCCCUCUCUCAAACAUGUCUCUAUCACCCCCCUAACGCCUCGAUUCCCCAUCGACGGCGACGAUGAUGAUCAUACUGCGAAAGAUGUUGAGUCAGCGGGGGACUACUUCUCCCCACGCGACGAAACACCUGGGACUCCAACCACCUCGUACCUCGCCAGCUACUCCGUCCCCAGCACCCCAGGGGUCCUCUCAUCGCGCAGUCCCUCCCGACCCCGACACCACUCGCGGAGCAAAAGCGCCAACCGCAGAUUCGCCAGUGACGCCAACAUCGAAGCCCAGGAUGCCAACCAGCCGCUGCACCCUGACCACCACCGCCACCACCACCGCCGUCACUCGAGCAAGAUGAGGUCCUCCCAGCACCACCACCACCACCAAUCCGACACAGACGGCCGCCGCGAUGCAGAGUGGAUGCUCCGGGCAGGCAUCGCACUCGCAUCAUCUACGCGCGAAGAAAAGGGCCAAAGCUGGCUCGCUAAACGGGAAAGUUCCACGAGCCUCCUCGCCGACGGCAACAACCUCGACAUCGAUGCACCCACCUCCAAACCGCGAUCGGGCCGGACCACCCCAGCAGCAUUCUCCCGACGCGGGUCCCGGUCGCGACCCAUCAGCAGACGCAACAGCCGGCCCGAUCUCUCCAUGACAACAGCUACCACCCCAGGGUUAGAAAUGACGGCGGCGUCAUCGCCAUCGGGCCCCACCUCCACCGCACGCGAUCACCAGCGACCGCUCAGCGGCGGCGGCCACACACCUCGACAUUCAGACCCAGAGACACGCCACUUCGUGCCUGAUUUCGUGGACGAGCGGAUCCGCGCCGAGAUGGAGACCCUGCAGCGGGACCGUUGGGACGAGUACUCCACUUCUAACGGGUCACCAUCAUCGUCGGUAAUCGACUCCGACGACUCCGACUCCGACGACUCCUCCAUCGACGAGCAGGAGAUGCAGCGGCUCACGCGAGAACGGGGAUUCGGCCUCGGCAACUGGUUCGACCGAAUGGUGGAGUGGACUGUGUUUGGCGUGGACGAAUGGCCGGACGAGACGCUGUCCAAAUCAGCUGCCGAUGGGCAGAAGAGUUCUGUAGACGUACACAACGACACUGCUUCUACUGCUGCUGCUGCUGUUGAUAACGAGGACGACGACGACGACGAUGACGGCGCAUCGGUAUCCACCGCAAGCGAAUCAGAAAUGCCCGUGUCUACUGAGAAAGCAGACGCCUCGGCUGGGGGCUGGCAGGAUGCCGGAUGGUUAUUGCGGGCGAUGAGGCGGUCCUUCUUUUGAUACUCUUUUUUUUUUUUUUUCAUCAUAUUCUUUGCAUUUACUCCGUAGGUAUAAGGUGUUUAUCGCAUUCAUCAUUGUUCCUUGUUAGUUGACUAGUCCAUAUCAUAUCCAUGCAUAACC